AUGUCUUCCAUUCAAAAAUCUCUUCUGCCUAUUAUCUUUCUUUCAAUUUUUGUUGUAAAAAUAUUCUCUCAAAGUGCCGGAUUACCUCCACCGCCUCCCUUUUUGGAAGGCGCCCCACAAAAUAAAAUUACUGAAUUCCAUCAAUUAUUAAUAAAAAGUGGACAAAAGACAGACGGGGAAAUUGAACAAUUAGUUAAGGAUUGGAUAGCUGAACAGACUCCUGAAAUCCAGGCAAAAUAUGCAAAGUUUGAAGAAGCUAAAAGCAAAGCAGAAGUUGAAGCAGAAAAAUUGCAUCAAGCAGCAAUUGCGAAGUUUAGCUCAGCAGCUAAAGAGGCCGAUGCGUAUGAUUUCAAAUUUAUUUAA